AUGACUAUACCAGUAACAUUCCAAUCAUUGCAUGAAACAUCAAAUUCAGGAUUAAUGAUACAUUCUUGUGAUAUUCCGCAUACAUUCGACACUCAGCUUAUAUCAUCAACACUUUCUAAUCAUACUACUAAUAACAGUACGUAUACAACUACUACUGAUAAUAAUAAUCAUCAUCAACCUCGUUACUGUAAUUCAAUCGGACCGAAUGAUACAACAAAUCCCAUGAUUACCAAUGGUUUAUUUCCUGAAUGGUCAUCGUUGAAAUUGUCAUCGAAAUAUGAUGAUUGUGAAAGGAAUCAAUCGGAUAACUAUACAAAUCAUUUAAUUCUUGGUGCGAAUUUCGAAUUGAAUUAUCCUAAAUUGCCCAAUUCCAAUGAAUGUAAUUUAGAUGAAGAGAAAAAUAGUAAUUCUUCAUUGCUUCCUGACUGUUGUUUAUCCAAAAGCGGUUUAAUCAGUGAAUUAGUUCAUAAAUUAAGUAAUAACGAUGAUCGGAAUACACAGAAUCAAAUAGAUUUGUAUGCACAGAAUGAAUUAUUGAAUUGUGAUCAUAACAUUCCGUCAACAUUGAACAUUUUCACAACAUUGACACAUUCUGACAUGAAUGUCAAAAUGACUAAUCAUUCUAAAUGUUGUCCAGCUCCAUGUGAUCGAUUUCAUCGCGAUCAACUGGGUAGUCCAAUAUGCGAUGAUCAUUUGUCCAUGAUUUCAUGUGAUUUAACUAAUGAAUCCAUGAAUAAUUCAAAAAUGUUCAAUUUAGAAAAUCAUGAAUUGUUUGUGAAUAAAAUUCAUCCGACUAAAUCAGUGUUCAAUGAAGAAAUUAUUGAAUAUCGAACAUCAUUGGAAAAAGUUAGGAAUGCACCGAAUCAUAAAAAAAACAGUUUAGAUAAUAAUAAUACCGGUAAUCAUUCAAUUUUAUCGGUUAGUUUAUCCUCGGAAGAGAGUGUGAAAAAACAAAUCAGUGAUUCUUCAUAUACUAAAAUUGAACAAGAUAAGACGAUUUCACCAUCAUGUCUCAAUUCAUAUGAUCAAUUUGCCAUGAAUCUACUGAAUUCCACAUCUUGCAGUAACAAAAAUGAAAGUUUGAAAAAUUUCCCUACUAUAACGUCUUUCAAUUUGAAAAAAAGUCAAUCCACACCACUCAAACAAUCUCGUUUAUUAAAGCGUAGAAUUGAUGACACUUGUUCAUCUUAUCCCAUAAAUCAUGAAAUAUCAAUUUGUGAAAGAGAUGGCACAAAAUAUCCAAGAGAUCAAUUUAGCCAUUCUAUAAAAUUCACUGAAUCAAGGCAUAAUUUUAUUCAACAUAAUAAUGACAUGUAUGAUGAUGAAUAUGCCGAAAAAUCUUGUACAUUGAACAAUAAUGAAUUUCAAUCUGUCCCAAGUGUAACACACUCAUCAGUUGACUUUACAUUUGAUGAACAUUUAAUGCAAGAAAUGAAAGAGAAAAUUAAAUGUUCACUGCCAUGUUGUUUACCGACAAUGAUGAUUGAUUUAAACAAACCAGAUGAAUUUUCAUAUCAUACAACAUCAACUACUACUAGUAGUAGUAGUAGUAGUAGUAAUAGUAAUAGUAGUAGUAUAAAUAAUCCUAUGGAAUUGAUCAAUUGUAUUGACCAUUCAAUGAUCAAUAAUAAUAAUAAUUCCCUGACAUCCUAUAUACCACAAAAUUAUUUACCUGAUGAAUCGUCAUUAUCAAUCAACAAUUUGGAAAAACUUCACUGUCCUCCUCCUCCUAAUGAAUAUCCACUGUAUUCCAUGGAACAUUUAAAUUUUACUCCUACAGAAAAUCUCAACUCUGUUACAUUUGAUUAUUCUAAUCAACCAAAUAAUACAACGCUACAACAUUCUUAUGUAUCGCCGUGUACAGUUGAUGAAGACUAUUCAAAUAAAACUACACCCUACAAUCAUGAUCUAUCAUCACAGUCGAUUCAUUUGAAUAAUUCAUCUAAACUCAAUAAUAAUGAUAGCGCUGUGGAUAGUUUCACAAUAAAUCCUUUAAGCUAUUUCUCAUCAAAUAUAUUUCCUUCAACAAAUAGUAUUCAUGAAAAACUUAAAAUGAAUUCAUCUUAUUUAACAGCGCAACAACAAGCUUUCAUUGUCAAAUAUUUUAAUCAUGAUAAAGAUUUUUUGAAAAUGUCUAAUUUCAGCGAAACAAAUGAAUUAUUCAAUGUAAAUUCAACAAAUAAUUUAUUGAAUAAUGAAUCUGUACAAACAACUAUUGAUGAGAUGCAACAAUCUGAUCAACAAAAUAACAUGCAUACUACUACUAGUACUACUAAUGAUAAUAUUAGUAGUAGUAGUAGUUCAUAUUUCAAUGAAUUUGAACAUUUUUCUCAUUUCCCAUUGAAUUCAAAUCAAAUCGUAGAUGUGAAAACUACUAAUCAUUCAAACAAGCCGUCAUCAUCAUCAAUAUUUAAUAAAUCUCAUAGAAAAUUUCAUCAAAAACAUUUAUAUCAUAAUAAUAAUAAUAAUACUGAAUUGGAAGUAACAGGAGACGAGAAAAUGCAUGAUUUCAGUAGUUUGGAUAAAAUGUCUAAAACAUGUCAUAAAUUAAAUUCACAAUAUUAUUACUAUCAUUAUCAUCAUAAUGUGAAAGAACCAACGAACAUAUCGACCAGUACAAUCAUGACACAUCAUACCGAUUUAUGCAUGAAUCAUCAUCCUCCUCCAUAUGAUGGUUUCAAUGGACUUGACGGUGACGUCGAUGAAAAGAGGAUGACAAAAUUCCCAAUGGAACAACGAAUUCAAUUAAGUCCAUCAUUACUUUCAUCGUCAUCACAUUCCACGUGCUCGUUUUUAACUGGUACUAAUAAUAAUAAUAAUAAUAAUAAUAAUAAUAAUAAUAGUAAUUGUACACCAACCUCUUCCUCGUCAUCGUCACCGUCGUCAACAUCCGCCUCAUCGUUAUCGUCUACAUCAACACCGUCAAUGAUUACAUUUAGUCCAACAAAUACUCGUUUACCAACUAUAUCUAAUUAUCAUGUGAAUGAUUUAGAUUCUGUACCAAUCAAUGAAACUGAUUGUCAUCAAUUAUGUUUAGUUUGUGGAGAUAAUGCAGCAUGUCAACAUUAUGGUGUUAGAACAUGUGAAGGAUGUAAAGGUUUUUUCAAGAGAACAAUUCAAAAAAAUGCUCAAUAUGUAUGCCUUCAAGCUAAAAAUUGUGUAGUAGAUAAACGUCGACGUAAUCGUUGCCAGUAUUGUCGAUUUCAAAAAUGUUUAAAAGUUGGAAUGGUUAAAGAAGUUGUACGUCGAGAUAGUUUGAAAGGUCGACGUGGUCGUUUAUCAUCGAAAGCACGUUGUCAAUUGAAUGAACAUGGUGGAUUGGCAAAUUGUUAUAAUGACGGUCAAAUGAGUAAAAAUCUACUAUUAUCAUUACAAACAUUUACGCAUAAACGUCAUAGUAUGUCACCGAAUUUGACAUCACUGAAUGGUAAACGUUAUUCCAGUUCCACCAACAUGUCAGUAAAUAAUUCCACUAGAACAAAUUCUUGCAAUGUCAAUUCAACUGUGACCUUAUUAUCCAUGUUAAGCAGAGCAUAUGAAAUGGUUGGGCCAAAGCAACAUUCUGUUUUAUUAAUGAAUAGAGAUAGCAACAAUCUGAUGGAAAAUGAUGAACUCAUAACAAAACAUGGACGAGAAACCGAUUCAUUGCAUGCGUCACCUGAUCAGACUGAAAUCGAUGAACGAUAUGCCAGUAAAUUUUCUUUAAUUCUUGAAGAAUCUCUGCAAGAAUUAAGACGUUAUGCGGAAUAUGUUCCAGGAUUUAUGAAUUUAUCAAUGCAUGAUCGUGAAAUCAUGUUAAAUUUACACUUAUUGGAUUUGUUAAGUUUUCGUUUAGCUUGGAGAUAUGCUGUAGAGACUGAAGUCACAACCCAUUCAACUUAUUCACCAACAUCUUAUAUUGAAAAUCAUUCCGACAAUUGUACAAAAUCAAAUUGUACCAUUCAAGAAACCUCAACAAUAGAUCAAACACAUGAAAUCAAUUCGUCCAUGAAGAUGACACCCGCGACAACAACAACAAUCAACACCACCAACCCAACGCCGACAACGACGCCAGCGGCCAAAAUCAAUACACCGCUGAAUUAUGACACAAUGUUUAUUCCAUCAACAACUAGUUGGAAUGAACAAGAUCAUUUAUCGAUUGAUAAGUCAUCGCAUGUUAUCGAUUCUUAUAAAACAAAUUACCUGACAAAUUGUGAUCAUUAUUUUUAUCAUUAUCGAAAACAGAAUAAAUUGAUAUUUGAAAAUGGUCAAUCCAUGUCUUGUGCGGAAUUAUUCCAAUUAGGUUUUGGUAAUUGGACCAGUCAAAUUCAACAAUUCGGUGCUCAAUUAAAAAUAUUAAUUCAAGAUGAUUACAAUGCAGUUUGGGGUUUAGCUGCAUUGAUUUUAGUGAAUUAUAAAUCAGUCAAUUGUAAGUUUUUACCGAUUGACACAGUUGAUGAUUGGUUAGUAGGAUUCCUUUUUUAA